AUGAUGCCGUGUGCAUUAGCAAUCUAUAAACGGAAUUUUCCGGAAUUGCAGAAGCCACGAAGCGGUGCAUGCGGUGGUCAAUUUACUUAUGGUGGCUUCGACAGCGAACACUGCGGUGAUAUCAUGGGCUACACAACGUUGAGUUCAGCGGCAUAUUGGCAGUUCAGUUUGAGACAGAUCGGCACUACCGGUUACGCCUGUUCGUUUUCCGCCGAAGCGAUCUCCGACACCGGCUCAUCCUUUAUUGGUGGGCCGCCGUCUGUUGUCGAAGCACUGGCAGUUGCGCUAGGUGGAGAAGUAAGGAUUGUGAAUAUUGGGCAAGUCCAUACGUGGAAAUGUUGUAAGGAUAAAAUGUGA